AUGCCGAGACGAAGGGAGCUGCAGGCCGAGGACCUGGCCAGCGCGCUGCGGCACCUCGACGAGGAGUUCGAGGCGGGCGAGAGGCUGGCCAACGAGCAGACGUGGUGCGCGCCGGUGCCGCGCGAGAGGCAGGUGAGGACGGUGCGGAGGUUCUACCGGGCGUUCCACGACGCAGGCACGCUGCCGAUCGCGACCUGCACGCUAUGCUACCGGAAGCGAGCCAAGGAGGAGCUGAGGAGACGACAGUGCGCGCGAUGGGCCGGGCGCGAGGGGGCGUCGCCGGCCAUGCACCUCCACGGGCGGCUCGGCUGCGAGCACGCGUACCCCGACGAGCUGAAGGACCUCACGCCGCUCGAGGAGAAGCUCAUCUCACUCAACUCGUGCUACGGCUUCGUGACGAAGUACAGCAUCCCGGGCGGUCAGAGGCAGAGCGUGAGGUACCCGAGGCACGUCAAGGGCCACAUUACCGUGUUCCCAAACGACGUGCAGGGCCUAGCCGCUAAGGUGCUGCCGCACCCGCUGCUCCGGGUCAUGGACGAGAUCCACGUCUCGUGGCAGGGUGCCGAGAGGCCCGGGCCGCGCGACCUAUCGGGCCUGCUGUCGGUAAGGCGGUCGGCGGUGGAGAGGGCGCUAGCCUGGCUCAAGGAGAACAAUCCGCUCUACGGCGAGGUCGAGAUCGACGCGGCGGAGAUGGCCAGCUGGGGGCGCCGCCGCACGGGGACGCGGACGGCGCAGGUGGUGCCGCCGUCGGAGCGGGCCAUGGACGACGAGGGUGCGGUCGAGAUCGAGGAGGUCCUCGCGAUGCUGAGGCAGGGGCGGGACCCCACCGAGGGGAGCCGUGACGUCGGGCUCACGUGCGAGGACGACGACGGGGACGGCGCUAGGCCCGAAGAGGACGGGGACGUAAUCAACGAGGUGACGUCUUCCGGCAUGUUCCCGUUGGACGGGGCGCCAGAGGUGGCCGAUGCUGAGAAGAUUCGCUUCGCCCGCGGUGCCGUCGGGCCCGAGGGAGCGCGCGCCGGCCCGAGGACGUGGGUAGGGACUGCGGCCCGAGAGGCGGAGGGCGAUGGCGGCGACGUCGAGCCGCACAUACAGGUGCGGCGCGGCGAGGAUUUCGCCGACUCGGCGGACGCCUCCUUCUUCGCAAAGGCCUUUCCGACCCUGUUUUGGCUUAGGCGGGCCGAGGCUCGCCGACGAGGACGCCACUGGGGAGAGCGCGGGCCCUAG